CAUUUGGGUAGCCUCUUUCUUUUGUUUUCCUCAGAAAAAAGAUUUUGUUCUGUCACACGAACCCAUCGAUCACAGCACGAAUGAGAAGCAUAAAUCCUCUAACAAAGGAAAAAAUGGACGGAUGAGAGAUGAGGAUUGGGUUUGAGAUCUACGAUUGGGAUUAGUUCCAAGUCCAACUAAGCUUACCGCCAUACACAUGUGAUUGUAGAAAUGGUUAAUCAAUCUGUCCAUCUGGUUGGCCAUAUCGUGGAUGGCCCCCGAUAGAAGAACUAUGUAAAUAGUCAUGGGAUUCAGUAAGACUGAAGUGAACUUAAGGAGGUUGCUUGCUGCUGCACCUCAGCAACAAAAUCAGGCAAAGCUCAUACAUUAUGUUGCUACUUUACGGGAACAACUAGAACAAUUGGGAGCAGAGACAACCCCAGAGGGCCUACCGAGGAUUUCUAAAGCAAAGGUGAAUGAGUAUUCGGAGAAGAUUGAAGCUCUAGCAGCCAAAUUAGCUGCUCAGCCGCCUUCUGUGCCAGGAUCCUUGGAGUCAGUUGAUGAAAUCCAAAUUGGGCAAAGUCCUACCAGAACUGAGGAAGAUGGAGCUCUUCUGUCCCCCUCCCGAGGAUUGAGAAGGAGAUUUGGAACUCCCAAGAAAGCUGAAGAAAGAAUUCAUGAGAUCGUAGAGAGCGAUCCUUCAAAGCCCAUUAAAUUGGAUGCUGCCGCACAAGCACACAUUGAAAAGCACAGAAAGCUUCAAGAGGAUUUGACAGAUGAAAUGGUUGGGUUAGCACAACAACUGAAGGCGAGUAGCCUCAUGAUGAACCAAUCCGUGCGAGACACUGAGAAGAUACUUGAUUCGACUGAGAGGGCUGUGGAACAUAGCUUGGCGAGCACUGGGCAUGCAAAUACACGCGCCAUGGAGAUUUAUUCUGAGAGUUUCAAGACCACGUGCUUCACAUGGAUCAUAAUCUUCAUCAUGACUUGCAUCUUCGUUAUGGUUGUUCUUCUCAUCCGUGUAACUUGAUGGGCCUCUGAUCCCAUGCCAUAAGACCAUUUCCCAUUUCUCCGAAGCUCUGUGAAAUGGGAACUGCUUACUCUUGUUUUCUCGAAUCUAUGCAUGUUAUGUCAAUUUUAUAAUGGAUGCAUGGGUGCAGUGGAGUGAAAAAUUAGCACCCCACCGACGGCAUUGGUGGAAUCAUGAUUUUGAAUUCAUUUUCUGAUCUAUUUCUCGAGUACAAACAUUGUUUAAAAUAUUGAUAUUGGGCCCCAUCGGCCUUCGCCAUUACCAA